AUGAUAGAUCCUCAAAUCCAGUUGGAAUCGCAUGAAACUUUCUGGAUCGUUGCCGUUCACUUGUUCGGCGCUCUAUUAGGACCAUUCGUCGCUGGAUUUCUGGUCAUCCGAAUCGGUCCCCGGAGUCUGCUCAUGAGCUGUGUCAUUCCUGCUAUAAUCAAUUGGGUCAUGAUUGGAUACUCCAGAUCAGUGGCCGUGAUAUACGUUGCCCGUGCAAUAGCUGGAAUCGUGUAUGGCACAGUGGUGUCUACAUCACCGAUUUAUCUGGAAGAGACCUUACCCGAAUCGAUAAAAUACUUAAGUGAUUUAUUCUUGAUCUUGUUCGGUGCAGCAAUUGGGCUCUUAGUGUGCAGCACUUACUUUACCAUCGAUACCCAAGCCCAGUACAGCAGUGCCGGUUGGAUUGCAUUUCUAGGCCUUAUUACGUACAUCAUACUGUUCAACCUCGGAAUCAACUCACUUCCAUCAACGAUCAUUGAAGAAAUAUUCUCUCCAAAUCUAUAUUUGUUCGUCACUGGAAUGUUCGCCAUCAUGAACUAUCUGAUGUCGAUUGGAUUGGCGAAAAUUUUUCAAAGCACGCUGUUCAUGGUUGGAGUGCACGUGUCGUUUUGGAUCUUCACGAUAAGUGCUGCUGUUUGUGCGUUAUUGGUUUAUGCGUUUGUUCCGGAGACCAAAAACCUCACCUUCGAAGAGGCACGGCAAGCCGUUGCCGACAAGGCCAAGAUUAAUGGCCCAUCCUACGCGUGUAUCAAGGUUGUGAAUCCAUGCAAGGUCUGCGUGGAGGAUGACAAUAAUUAG